AUGCACAAUUGUUCUGAAUCAGGCUGUAAUAGAUACUUUAAUCAUCAUUUUUCUGUGCACAAUCAUUUAAAAAUCUAUAAUAAUACAAUUGGAAACCUUUUUCAAGAAAUUGUUAUAGCAAAAGACAAUGGGUUUUUAUUUAAUAAUAGCAAAGAUAUUGAACUAGAAAUAGAAAACAAUAUAAUAGAUAAGAUAACAAAUAGGUUAGAAUUUAGUUAUAGUAAAGAAAUAAAUAAUGAAGAUAAUGAAAUGAACUAUGAAAUAGAUAAAGGUGUUGAAGUAGAUGAAAUAAAAGAAACAAACAAGCUAGAAAUUAGUUAUAGUAAAGAAAUAAAUAAUGAAACUAAUGAAAUAGAUGAAAUAGAUGAAGCAAAUAAUGAUGAUAUUAAGAUAGAUGAAAUAAAUAAUAAAGAUGCCAUAGAUGAGAUAGGUGAACCAGAAUGUCGAUUGUUUGAGGUUAAGUUACCAUUAGUUUUUGAGUCCCUUGAUGUUGGGUCAGCAAAUAGUGAGAAUAUGCCAAAUUUUCCAAGUGAAGAAUUCGCAUAUAAUAAUAUCAUUUUAUCUACCUUAAUACAACAAGCUUCUGAGAUUUUAUUAGCUUUUGAACAUUUUUUUUUAUCAUUAAAUAAAUUCUUUGAUUUGUAUGAGGAUUUAACUGAAGAUAUGGUAACAGGUGAUACUAUUAUUAAAUGGUAUAGUUAUACUAAUAGAGCAGCUAGUAAAGAUUAUAUUAGAACAAUAAGUAAUUAUUAUAAUGAAUCAUCAUUUAGUGAUGUAUCAAUUAGUAUAGAUGAAAGUAAAGAGUUUAGAACUGAUAAUGGAACUUGUUUUUGUAAGAUUUUACUGUUGAUUACUGUUAUUAUUGAAAAUUACUUUACAUCAUUUAAUUUUGUACUUGUGCAAUGGUAUGACUUUUAA